AUCGAGAACAAGAAGAGGCUCGCAUUUCUCCUCUGAUCUGCACAUAUCUGCAUCGCUAGCUGCUGCAACUCCAUCGCCCAUCGGCCAAAAAUGGCGGCCGAUGGUGUUCAACAACCGCUGCUAUCCGGCGGCGACGGCGACGCAGCUGGUGCCAUCCGACAGAAGCCGCCGGACGGGGUCAAGAGGUUUCGGCGCUGCCGGACGGCUCCUUCCGCCGACCCUGCUGCGUCGGAAGAGCCUCGUCCUCUUACUCCCCCCGGCAACGCCAGUCGGACCGAAAGCGCGGCCUCGCCGGCCAAGAAAGUGCUCGAGAGCGGCCGCCCGAGCUCGAGCUUCCGGCUGGUGGGAAUCCUCCUCUUCGCCUACGUCGUCGCCGGCACCACCGCCUUCUACCUCGCCAUGGACCACAUGUCCGGGCACCGCAGCGGCAGCCGCGUUAUCGACGCGCUCUACUUCUGCGUGGUCACCAUGACCACGGUCGGCUACGGCGACCUCGUCCCAUCCAGCGACACCGGCAAGCUGCUGGCCAGCGCGUUCGCCUUCGGCGGCGUCGCCGUCGUGGGCACCUCCCUCAGCAAGUCCGCCGACUACCUGGUCGAGAAGCAGGAGUCGCUCGUCUUCCGCGCGGUGCACGCCAACGGAAAGCACCCGGCGCGGGAGCUGCGCGCCAUGGAGAUGAACAAGACGUGGUACAAGCUGUACGCGGCCGGGGCGCUGCUGGCGGCGUCGGUGGCGUCGGGGACGCUGGUGCUUUGGAAGGGGGAGGGGAUGCGGCCCGUGGACGCGCUGUACUGCGUGUGCGCGACGGUGACGACGCUCGGGUACGGGGACCGGAGCUUCAGGUCGUCGGCCGGGCGCGCGUUCGCGGCGGUGUGGGUGACUGUGAGCACGGUGGUGGUGGCGCUCUUCUUCCUGUACGUGGCGGAGCUGUACGCGGAGAGGCGGCAGAGGGCGCUGGCGCGGUGGGUGCUGACGCGGCGGACGACGAACACUGACCUGGAGGCGGCGGACCUGGACGGCGACCGGCGCGUCGGGGCGGCGGAGUUCGUGCUGUAUAAGCUCAAGGAGCUCGGGAAGAUCAGCCAGGAGGAGAUCUCGGAGUUCAUGGAGGAGUUCGACAUGCUCGACGCUGACCACAACGGCACGCUGUCGCCCUCGGACCUCGCCAUCGCGCAGCAGGCCACCGCUUGAUUUGUUGGACCAUUUCCUUAGCAGUAGUAUUGGUUUUGGGGGAGUCGACAGAGAGCUCACUGUCCAAGACGUCCAAAAUGGUGUGUUUCGCAAAAAGAAAAAAAAAUGGUGUGUUUUUUCUGUUGUAUAAACGUGCGGAAUACACAUUUUCUAUCA